AUGUCCUUCUGGGGCUGCAUCGUCGCUCCGGGUGAGUCCAAGAAGGUCGAGACACGAACUGGUGAGCUGCUGCAUUUGUCUCAGGCGUGCCUGGCGCCGGACACCGCUAGCGGGCUGGCCUCAAAGGUGCUGGUGGAGCAAGGGGGUCAGACCUAUGCAGUCGCCUGCCUCAAGGAGGGCAGCCAGGACUUCUGUGCCCUCGACCUCUUCUUGGAUGCCAAGGAAGCAAAGCUGGCGGUGAAGGGCAAGGCCACAGUUCACCUCACCGGCUACUUUGAGGCUGACGAGCUGGAGGAGGAUGAGCCGCCCCGCCCUGCGUCUCCCAAGGCAAAGGCAGAGCCGAAGGCAUCUCCCAAGGCGCAGGUGAAGGCCUCGCCGAAGGCAGAGCCGAAGGCCAAGGCCGACGCCAAGGCCAAAGCGAAGGCUGCUGCAGCUGCAGAGGAGGAGAGCGAUGAUGAUAUGGAAGACGAGGAGGGCGAAGAGGAGGAGCCCAAAGUGGUCGACCAGGUCGCCAAGGCCUCCCCCAAGGCGGAGCCUAAGAAGGCCUCCCCGAAGGCCGCGCCCAAGGCGGAGCCCAAGAAGGCUGCUGCGGAGGAGGAUGAUGACGAAGAGGAGGAAGAGGAGGAAGAAGAGGAAGAGGAUGAUGCUGUCGUGGAUCCCGUGGUCAAGGGCAAGGCCGAUGCGAAAGCGAAGGCGAAGCCUGAUGCCAAGGCCAAGGCUAAGGCAGCUGCAAUGGAGGAUGAUGAUUCCGAAGAAGGCGAGGAAGAAGAGGAGGAAGAUUCUGACGACGACGUCGACGAACCACCUGUCAAGAAGCACAAGGGUGGUGACAAGGGUGGCGGCAAGGGCAAGGGCGGCAAGGGAAAAGGCGACGGCAAGGGCGGCAAGGGCGGCAAGGGCAAGAAGGGGGGAGGCUGGGGCCUGCAUUCCGCCGACGCAGAGACUCUGGUGCUGGGAUUUCUAGAGUCCUUUUGUCUUCGGACUGAGAACUACAGCCGCGCCAUCGCUGUGCAGAUUCUGUCGUGUAUUGCCGCUGGAUGGCGCGGGCUUGAUGGAGCUGCCUCCAUCGAGCACGUCUCCAGCAUGAUGGAUGUGCAGCCUCGAAUCCUUUCGAACAAUUACAGGAACCGCAGCAAAGACCAGCUUUGGCACGUCACUGCAGGAGGGGAAUGGGAUGCAGUUGUGGAGUUAAGGGCGAUGGGGAAGAAGGCUGCCGGCAAGAAGGAGGAGAAGCAGACCAGGUCGCAGUGGGAGGGCAAGCAUCCCGAGCCCAAGUCCCGCGUGGACGAGAGGAAGGUGGUUGCGACAGUGAAGCUGGCAGCACCUGUCUGUAACCUCCUGGAAUUCAAGCUCGACUGCAGCCCCUCAACGAAGAUCUCCUUCAUUGUGGACCGGAUCAUCGACCGGCAUGGUGGCUCCAUCAGCGACCUCUCUGUGUGCGUCAACCGCUUCCACCCCGAGGAGAUCGUGGGACGCGACAAGACGCUGGAGCAGUGCGGAGUCUUCGGCGGGGAGUGCCUGAUCUACUAUGAUUUCGUGCCAAGGGCCGGCGCGCUGCUAGCCUGA